ACCUUACCAAUCAUAAUCUUUAUUCUUCUUCUUCCUCUUCUCUUAUCUGAGUUCCAAUCCAAUGUUGCCCAUUAACAGUGUUCCACCUGUGGAGGAGAUUCCAAUUCCAAUUCCAACCUGUUGUAAACUCAAGGUGCACCGUUCAAUAUGCAUAGAGCUUCAUAGAUUCAUUGAUAGCAUUUUGCAUAUUCUAUUAGCCAUUGAAUCUUCGCGACCAAAUUGUGCCUUAGCAAUUCAGGCACUCUGCUCCUUGCACUUCACUUUGGAUAAAGCUAACUCACUUAUUAAACACUCUUCUGACUCUAGUAAACUCUACCUGGCAAUAACAUCACACAAGACUCUUUCAAGAUGUGAAAAAAUAAGAAAUGCUUUCGACUUGUACUUGGCUCAGAUUCAAAAUGAAGUUUCAAUUUCAUUGGCUACUAAGAUAAGUGCAAUAUUAAAGGAUGUAAGGGAUACAAAAUUUUCCUUAGAAUUUGAAGAAAAUGAGGCUAGGAAAGUAUUACUUUCAUUGCUUGAGAAGGAAUUUUAUGAUUCAGCUUCUAUGAAGAAAGCAGAACUUGAAGCUAUUCAAAUUGCAGCUAUGAUGUUGGAUAUUAAAUCUCCAUUAUCUCUAUUAGUAGAGAAAGCAUCUCUUAAGAAACAGCUUGAAAAAGUCAAUAAUACAAACCAAAAGGAGAAGGAACUUCUAGAAUAUCUUUUACAUCUGUUGUUCAAAUAUGAAAAAUUCACUUUUCAGCUUCAAAAUGGAAGUAAAUCAAUGAAACAUGAAUGCCAUGACCAAUUGUUUGAGCAUGAGGAUGAAGGCAAUGUGUGUGAAUCUAGACAAUGAUUCUUCUUUCAACACAAAAGUUGGAUUAUGAUUGUUUAUAGCUAAUAAUUGACACUCAUUUGAUACUACACUUUAGAUAUCAUUAAUUUUUUUAUGUAAUUAUUUAAUGUUGUCAAAUGUCAAUGAUAAUUCUUCUAGAUUUUUUUUUUUUCA